AUGUAUGUGAAAUGGUUUGAUACAGUAAUGUUUUACUAUGUCAUUUUAGUGAUUUUAGUGAAUGUCAUUUUGUCAUUUUCAAAUUUCCUGCCGUUCCGUCCCCGUACGUCCCGACGCUCGCAGGGAACGAAACGCGGAAGACAGAUGCCGGCAUCCACAGGAUUACAUUGCCGGGGACACUGCAGGAGGGACAUCGCGGGAGUGAUCGAGGGAUCGCGGAGCAGCAGCAUCCGCAUGGUAAGCCCGAGUGUAGCUCGGGGUUACCGCUUGUGCUACACUCGGGAAUACCGCCAGGGAGGCUAC